UUUACUGAGAGCAAAAAAAAUGCAAAUGGCAAAUAUGACUAGGAAGAAGCAACUAUCGAUUGGAUGCAAAAAAGCAAUAAUUAACGCUGCUAACAACGGAAGAUUGAUGCAGGAUAUCGCUUUGGAGUUUUGUGUAGCAACAUCAACAAUAUCGCGUAUUAUAUCCCGAUAUCGGGAACAAGGGGACAUCAAUCGCAAAGUGGGAAGUGGCCGUCCACGCAAAACAACUUCCAGAUUAGAUCGUGAGAUCAUAAGGCAGGUUAAAGUUAAUCCCUUUAAAACUGCAGUGGAAGUUACUCAGGACAUAAAUGAGCAUUUUGAUGUUAACGUAGGGGUACACACAGUUAGGCGACGAUUAGUGGAGUCAAAACUGUAUGCAAGACGACCAGCUAAAAUACCAUACAUCAGUUCCAUCAAUAGGAAGAAACGGCUAGAUUUUGCAAAGCGCCAUAUGCAUUCGACAAGUACGUGCGGAGGCCCCCGGGACAAAGGUACAGCCCCAGAUAUCAAGUUCCGACAAUUAAACAUGGGGGAGGGUCAGUAA